AUGAGCGCGAUGCAAGUCACAACUGAAAUCCAACGAUGGAAGAAGAGGCGGAGGAUCCGAGUUGAAACGCCAAGUCGGGGCCUGCAGAAAGCAUCUGCAGAGGGCGGCCUUCAGGCGGGAGGUAAGAAGAAGGCGGAAGGCGGCGGAGGCGGCGGUCGCCCCGGGGCUCCGGCGGCGGGGGACGGCAAAACAGAACAGAAAGGCGGAGAUAAAAAGAGAGGUGUUAAAAGACCUCGAGAAGAUCAUGGCCGUGGAUAUUUUGAGUACAUUGAAGAGAACAAGUAUAGCAGAGCCAAAUCUCCUCAGCCACCUGUUGAAGAAGAAGAUGAACACUUCGAUGAUACAGUGGUUUGUCUUGAUACUUAUAAUUGUGAUCUGCAUUUUAAAAUAUCAAGAGAUCGCCUCAGUGCUUCUUCCCUUACAAUGGAGAGUUUUGCAUUUCUGUGGGCUGGAGGAAGGGCAUCUUAUGGUGUGUCAAAAGGCAAAGUCUGUUUUGAGAUGAAGGUUACAGAGAAGAUACCAGUAAGGCAUUUAUAUACAAAAGAUAUUGACAUACAUGAAGUUCGGAUUGGCUGGUCACUAACCACAAGUGGAAUGUUGCUUGGUGAAGAAGAGUUCUCUUAUGGAUAUUCUCUAAAAGGAAUAAAAACCUGCAACUGUGAGACUGAAGAUUAUGGAGAGAAGUUUGAUGAAAAUGACGUGAUUACAUGUUUUGCUAACUUUGAAAGUGAUGAAGUAGAACUUUCCUAUGCUAAGAAUGGGCAAGAUCUUGGCGUUGCCUUCAAAAUCAGUAAGGAAGUUCUUGCUGGACGUCCACUCUUCCCGCAUGUUCUCUGCCACAACUGUGCAGUUGAGUUUAAUUUUGGUCAGAAGGAAAAGCCGUAUUUUCCAAUACCUGAAGACUAUACUUUUAUCCAGAAUGUCCCCUUAGAGGAUCGAGUUAGAGGACCAAAGGGGCCUGAAGAGAAGAAAGAUUGUGAAGUUGUGAUGAUGAUUGGCUUGCCAGGAGCUGGAAAAACUACCUGGGUUACUAAACAUGCAGCAGAAAAUCCAGGGAAAUACAACAUUCUUGGAACAAAUACCAUUAUGGAUAAAAUGAUGGUGGCAGGUUUUAAAAAGCAAAUGGCAGAUACUGGAAAACUGAACACACUGUUGCAGAGAGCCCCACAGUGUCUUGGGAAAUUUAUUGAGAUUGCUGCCCGAAAGAAGCGAAAUUUCAUUCUGGAUCAGACAAAUGUGUCUGCAGCUGCCCAGAGGAGAAAAAUGUGCCUGUUUGCAGGCUUCCAGCGAAAAGCUGUUGUAGUUUGCCCGAAAGAUGAAGACUAUAAGCAAAGAACACAGAAGAAAGCAGAAGUAGAGGGGAAAGACUUACCAGAGCAUGCAGUCCUCAAAAUGAAAGGAAACUUUACCCUCCCAGAGGUAGCUGAGUGCUUUGAUGAAAUAACAUACGUUGAACUUCAGAAGGAGGAAGCCCAAAAGCUUUUGGAGCAAUAUAAGGAAGAAAGCAAAAAGGCUCUUCCACCAGAAAAGAAACAGAACACUGGCUCAAAGAAGAGCAAUAAAAAUAAGAGUGGCAAGAACCAAUUUAACAGAGGUGGUGGCCAUAGAGGACGUGGAGGAUUCAAUAUGCGUGGUGGAAAUUUCAGAGGGGGAGCUCCUGGGAAUCGUGGUGGAUAUAACAGGAGGGGCAACAUGCCACAGAGAGGUGGUGGUGGUGGCGGAAGUGGUGGAAUUGGCUAUCCAUACCCUCGUGGCCCUGUUUUUCCCAGCCGAGGUGGUUAUUCAAACAGAGGGAACUACAACAGAGGUGGAAUGCCCAACAGAGGGAACUACAACCAGAACUUCAGAGGACGAGGAAACAAUCGUGGCUAUAAAAAUCAAUCUCAGGGCUACAACCAGUGGCAGCAGGGUCAAUUCUGGGGUCAGAAGCCAUGGAGUCAGCAUUAUCACCAAGGAUAUUAUUGAAUACCCAAAUAAAACGAACUGAUACAUAUUUCUCCAAAACCUUCACAAGAAGUCGACUGUUUUCUUUAGUAGGCUAACUUUUUAAACAUUCCACAAGAGGAAGUGCCUGCGGGUUCCUUUUUUAGAAGCUUUGUGGGUUGAUUUUUUUUCUUUUCUUUUUUGUACAUUUUUAAUUGCAGUUUUAAAGUGAAUCGUAAGAGAACCUCAGCAUUGUGCACGAUAAGAGAAUGUGUCAGUAUUUCAGGGUUCUACAUUUUAUCUGUAAAAUGUGACUUUUUUUUUUAUCACAACAAAAGUAAAAUGUUGCUUUGUACCUGGUGUCUUUUAUUAAGAAUUUACUCCCCCCAUUUCUCACAGAGAAUAACAGUCGGGAGUCAUUGUCACAAUAUAAUAGAAAUGUUAGCAACCAGAUUCAUGUAAGGACUAAGUGGUCCUCAUGAAUUGCAUAAGACUCUGUACUGCUCAUGUUACACUCCAUCCUCUCUUUAGAUUGCUGGGCAGUGGCGGGGGUAAGCUAAAGAGUAGUUUUUGACAAUAACUGGGAAGGCUUUUUCUUAUUAAAUAACAAUGGAAUUGGUGUAAUUGGGACUGAAGAAAAAAACUUGGUAUUAAGAUAGAGAAGAUGGAGUGUAUGUAGAAGGGCUGUUAAAAAUGUUAAAACUUGGUUGCAUUAUUUGUGGAGGCUCAAACUUGUGAAGGUUAAAUACCAUAAUUUUUCCAUUUGUUCUGCAUUUUGAUUCUGAAAAGAAAGCUGGCUUUGCCCAUUUCUUAUUAAAAAAAAACUUGUUGUAAAUCCAGUUGUCUAAUGGGAUCUAUAUGAAGUUAGCUAUGUCUGUAUGCCCUUCUCCCACAAAAUACUGUAUAACUAGUGUGCUUGUAGUAGUUAACUCCACCAUCUUUGUAAGCUAAUGAAAUUGUGAGUCACCCAUUUAUAUCUUAAUUUUUAAUCAUGUCAGUUCUUGAAUGGGUAUCUCCUUAGCCUGCUGAUUUCGUUUUCUUUCUAAAAAAAGUGGGUGGAGAAAUUAAUUUAGACGUUUUGUUUGCAAUAAAAAUAAUUCAUUUUA